UUAAAUGGAUUCCGAUGAGAAAAAAAUAGGUGUCGCCGCCGCGGCGCUGCCGGAGGGACUCACGGCUGAGCUAAUGCCAAAACACGUGGCGGUGAUUUUGGAUGGCAACCGGCGGUGGGCUAAGGCAAGAGGUUUUCCGGUGGAGUUGGGGCACGUCGAAGGCAAGCGAGUUAUGAUGGAAAUCGCAUUUCUAUCGUGCAAAUGGGGCGUUAAGGUUCUCUCGCUCUUUUGCUUCUCAACGGAAAAUUGGAGCCGGCCGCAAGAGGAAGUUGACAAUUUGAUGACAUUGCUUGAGGAAGUGGUUCAGACAUAUUUAGUUGACUUUUUCAGCUACAACAUACGAAUAUCUGUAAUGGGAGAUAGAGCGAAGCUACCAGAAUCCUUAAUCAAAGUGAUAAACAUGGCGGAAGAAAACACCAAAGGCAACAAAGGACUUCACAUUUUGAUUGCUAUAAACUACAGUGGUCAAUACGAUAUAGUAAAGGCGACAAAAAAUAUCGUGCUCAAAGUGAAGAGUGGAAUUGUGGAAAUAGAAGACAUCAACAAGAGUCUAAUAGAGGAGGAACUUGAGACGAGUUGUGCGAAGUAUCCAAUUCCGGACUUGUUGAUCCGGACGAGUGGCGAGCAAAGAAUUAGUAAUUUCAUGUUAUGGCAAAUGGCUUAUACCGAGCUUGUCUUCUCCAAGAAAAUGUUCCCUGAGUUUGAAGAACAAGAUUAUGUCGAGGCGUUACUCUCUUUUCAAAAAAGAGAUAGGCGCUUUGGCGGAAAAAAAUAUUGAUAUGAUAUUCGGAUGUUUGAAAUUUAAGACUUGUUUUUAUAGUUUCUGACGCAACAUGUAUGGUUACAUUUGGUUUGUAUUAUUAUUAUUAUUAU